AUGAACAACUUCAAUGAUUCAGGACCAGACUCCCGAGGAACAGAGGCGGGAGCCGGGGAUGGCAGACCGUGGAACUAUGCCUUGGUGUUCCAAAUGCUGGGGCUGGCUGCCUUUGGCUCGAUCUGGACUUGGUAUUCUCAGAAGGAGAUCCAGAAAGGCAAAGCUCAGUAUGACCAAGACGUGAACACAAUGAAAAGCGAGCUGGAGGCACGUUACCGGGAGAUGCUGAAAGAGAGGAGCAGGACGGCGGCCAUGCUGAAGCUGGAGCUGGACAAAGAGAAGCAGAAGGUGGAACGCUACAAGCAGGCCCUGGAGGGAGAGGACGACUGGUACCGGCGUGCCACAGGCACCUUGAAAUACCUGGAGGGUCAGCUGAUGCAGCGCCAGCACAUCUACUGCUCCUACACCCAUCUCCGGGACCAGCGGCUGGAGAUACAGAGGAACAUGCUGAAGGCGGUCAGGGAGCCUCUCGGCCGGGAGCUGGGCCUCGAGUCUGACCUGAGGGACAUUUUCAAUAGAGAUACGCACUGUGCGGAUUUGACCAACACGGACCUGAAGAAGAAUGGAAGCCUCAUGUGGGUUUACCUCAAGUACUGGCAGCUGCAGAUCGACAUGCAGAAACGCAAAAGAGCAGAGCAGGCCCUGUUCGGAGGGAAAAUCCAGCCCGGCAAAAAGUGACGAAUGGAGAAAGAUGAAUUUUACAGAUGUCGACGCUGUUUGGAUCAGAAAUGGAAAUCUGCUCAACUUGAUUUGAAUGCUGUUAUCUCUGAAGAGACCGUGUCUAGAGCAGGGGUGUCGAACUCAGUCCAGUUCAUCAUCAGUGGGCCGGAGUGAUGAAAUAGUGCUAUAAUAACCUGGAAAUUCAAACUUAUGUAAGUCAUAAGUGUAUAAGUUUGACAAAAGUAUGUUUUCACAAAAUCAAACGAGCAGUACAGAAAAUUGCUACAAUUUCAACAUAAAGUCAAAUUUAAUGAUACUUUCU